UGUUUAACCUCCCCGCCAUCCUCACUCUUCAGCAAAGCUUCAUGGUGGUGGCUGGAACCGUUCAGGGAUACAAAGUCGUUUGAAGUGCGGAGAAGCUUCACAGUGAACCAAAAGCCUUCGACACUCUUCAGAAAUCGUUUUUGAAUCAGGUUUUUGCUCUUUCUCUGCAUCCCCUUUUAUGUUUUCGGAUCGAGUUUUCUGAAUUUUUGAAAAUAGAGAAUACAAUGUAUGCGAAUUUAGCAAAAGGCCAAGCAUUUCCCUUGGCAAUUAGGGUUUGUUCGAGGCCCAAAUCGUUUCACACCUCAAAGUUUCAAUCUUUACAAAUCGGGUCUCAUCCAAAACCCCCAAUAAACCUUAGGUCGAUCAAACUCACAAAACCAACAUGCGGGUUUGGUGAAAAAAAUUGUGGGUUGUCACAUUUGGUUCGUUUUUCAACCGGUUCGUAUUGUGAGAUUCUGGAAACUGGGGUUGUUGCAAAACCCAGAAGUGUUUCUGGUGGGUUUAGGAUUACAAGUGGUGCACAGAGUUGGUGUUUUGUAAGAGGUAGAGGUUUUUCGAGUUGCUCGGGUCAGGGAGUUGAUGGAGGGAGUGGUGUGGGUAGAGCUAGGAAAAGACUCCCGUGGUUGCCGGCAGCAAAAGCUAGGGGAGCAAAAGGGUUGGAGAAGGGAACUACGGCGAAGACAUCUGUUUCGUCUUGGGAGCAAUCUGCUAAGAGGUUAGAGGAAGUUAGUGAUAAUGGUUCUUGGGGAGAAGCGGAAAAGAGAUUAGAUGGAGAUAGUAGUGAGUCGUCUUGGGGAAAAUCGGGAAAUAGGUUAGAGGAAGAAACAAAUUCGAAAACUGGCCGUGCUCCUUGGGACGUGUCAAGAAAAAAUUACGUUAGGAAAAGUGGUCCAUUGCAGUAUGGGGGUAGAGAAGGUAGAACUGAAAGGGGAACUUCGGUAAAGGAUCGUCAGAGUGAUCACCGUGGGAGGGACAAAAGAUUGGACGAAGCCGAUACAGCAAAAAGUUAUGUUAGGAAAAGUGGUACAUCGGAGCAAUGGGGUAGAGAAAGUAGAACUGGAAGGGGAAGUGUGGUAAAGGAUCGUCAGAGUGAUUACCGAGGGAGGGACAGAAGAUUUGAGAAAGCUGAUACAGAAGGAGAUGUAGAAGAAGGAGAUGAACAAGAAGAAGAAAUGGAGGCUGUUGAUGAUCCAAGGUGGGAUCGUAUUCAAAACAAGUUCAGUGGAAUGGAAGAUGUAAAACCUGGACGUGAGAGACCUGAGUUUCGAAGGUGGAAUAGGCAGGAAGAUUGGGGUAAGAAGACAUGGAAAGAGGCUACUGAAUCGUCCGUGCCUAGGAUGAUUGGCCAAAGUGUUUAUGGCGUUGGUCCAGUUUUGGCUGCUUUGUCAGCUGGAAGAAGAGAAUUUUAUGCAUUGUAUGUUCAAGAAGGGAUGGAUUUGAGCAAAAAUAAUAGGAAGAAGAAGGACAAGAAGGGCUUUGAGAGAAUUUUAAUGAUGGCUGACAAGAUUGGGUUAAACGUAAAGGAUGUGUCCAAGCAUGAUCUUAAUAUGGCUACUGAUAAUCGACCACAUCAGGGUCUGGUUCUAGAUGCUUCUCCGUUGGAGAUGGUGAAAAUUAACGAAUUGGACCCCGUUUCGGUUGAGGAAGAUAAGGGCUCUCUUUGGGUUGCUUUGGAUGAGGUUACGGAUCCUCAGAAUGUGGGAGCAAUCAUCAGGUCUGCUUACUUCUUUGGAGCUUCUGGGGUGGUGUUAUGUGCCAAGAAUUCAGCUCCACUGAGUGGCGUUGUGAGCAAAGCAAGUGCAGGCUCACUUGAGUUGAUGGAGUUGAGAUACUGCAAGAAUAUGAUGCAGUUCCUAACAUCCUCAGCCGAAAAUGGUUGGCGAGUUCUUGGAGGUUCUGUUUCUGCCAAAGCUAUACCUUUGAACAAGGUUUCACCUAGUGUACCAACAAUUCUUGUUCUGGGAAGUGAGGGCACUGGGUUGAGACCUUUGGUGGAAAGAUCUUGCACUGAUUUGAUUAGAAUCCCGGGGAAUAUUCCCAUGGAAAUUACUGCUGGUGGAGUUGAUGAUACUGAAACCGUGGAAGGGAAUCAUGCGUGCUCAGCUGAAGAGUUCCAAUCAUUUUUGGCUGUGGAGAGCUUAAAUGUCAGCGUUGCAGCUGGUGUGUUGCUUCAUCACUUAACAGGAAACAAUAACGAUGAGGAUGUCGAUGCAGUUAAUCAGCAGACUGACGAACUUGACUGAGGUUCGUCAUACACGUUGUAAUUCAUAUUGGCACUUUUUAAAGCUUUAUCUAAAGUUGGGAGUAGGUUUACAGUUUUUAUUUCCUUAUCGCCUCUUAAUCAGAAAUGUGUGCCAUAACAACUCUAUUUUUUGGUGUUAAAUUGAGUAUCUUAAACGAUUUGAGAUCAUUAAAUUGUGCAUCACAGUUCAUACUAGUGAUAUAUGUGAAGUUUGGACGCUAUUAUU